CUGCAACGUAAACAAACGCGAAAAAUUGGAAAAAGAGGUUCGGAAUGACAUAAAGCUGUCAAAGUUGUUGAUGCAUACACUUUUUUAUAACACACAGUUUUUACAAAAGUACAAUUUAACAGAAAAAUUGAAAUAAAUAUAAUAAAUAGCACUUUAAAGUGAAAUAAACUUAAUAUGAGUACUAGCGGUGAUUCACAACCUUAUUUGAAUGAUUUUAUGAUGCGAGACGAUGAGGAUGGCGUGUCAGGCGAUGAUGAAUCAGAUAACAAGCAUAGCGGCGGAAAUUAUAUGCUACGUGAACAGGAUCGCUUCCUACCCAUUUGCAAUAUUAUAAAGAUUAUGAAGGUGCCUGUACCAGAGAAUGGUAAAAUCGCUAAAGACGCUCGAGAAUGCAUACAGGAAUGUGUUUCCGAAUUUAUAUCCUUUAUCACUUCGGAAGCCAUAGAGCGUAGUAUAGCAGAAAACAGAAAGACCGUAAAUGGUGAUGAUUUAUUGUAUGCGUUUGCCAAUUUGGGUUUCGACAACUACGUUGAGCCAUUAUCUAUGUACCUACACAAAUUUCGUGAGUCAACCAAAUCGGAUCGUAAUUUAUAUAGUGAGACAAAUAUGCUGCAAGAUGAUUCUUCAACUGAAUUUCCAAUAAAUGCGGACAACAGUAAUACAACUAUCAUAACAACAAAAGCAAUGACAACACAUACUGGUGCAUUAACAAUAACAACAAAUGCUAUCAACCACACAACUGCAUCUGUAGCCAACACUAUUAACACCUAUUCGGAUGUGAAAUUGUUUGAAAUAAUCGAAGCAAACCAGCACCAACAGCAAACACAUCAUCAACAACAGCAGCAGCAGCGUCAACAAAAUGGUAUUCAUAGCAUCACUAUAACUCCAACAACAACCACAUCAGCUGUGCCACUAAAUUUAUUAAGUACCGGUUGCAAUCAAUCAAGCAACAUAACUCCAGUUGGUACAUCCAAUACACUGAACACAACAACAUUAGGCUCUGUACGUCGGUCGGCGCGUCUACAAACUCGUCCUACUCAACUGCCGAUAGUCACAACAGUGGCGAACGAGACGCCUGGCGCUAUAAUGAAUGCGGAUCAAAUGAUAUUCUUUGAUGCUAACGAAUUGCAUCAACAUGUUUUGCAGCAACAACAACAACAGCACCAUGUUAAUGGCAAUAAUAAUUAUAUGCAUAUGUAGAGCAUAAUUAAGCAUUGAUAUUGUCGAUGUAACGAAUUUAUUGUGGUCAUUCUGUUUUAAUUGCGUAAGUGGUAGAAGCUAGAACGAACUAAAUUAAAGUGAAAAGCCUAGAAGAGCGAUGGUUUCAUUUAUAAAUGAAAUAUUUUUGUGAGACUUGAAAAAAAUUACUAUAUAAUUGUUUUAAAGUGUUACAUAAUUAUAUUAUAAUUUUUUACUUAAAAAAUUCUCUUCAAGAGUAGUAGUUGAGGCGAUAAUUAUGUACUUUUCUAUAGUUUUGUUACUUAUAAUUUUCUAAAGUGUGUUUAGGUUAUGGUUGAGACAAAUUGUGUGUUGUCACAAAACUAAUAAAUAUUUUGUACGCAGCGAACUUUUUUUUAUAAAAUGAAAAUAUUAACUUUAGU